AAUAUCUUGGUAUUUGCUUAAAGUGUACACGUUAUCGCCCGUAAUAAUGGAUACUCCCCAUAUUGAUAAAUAUUUUGAUGUAUUUGAUUACAUAGUGUUUGCUGCAAUGUUAUUAGUGUCCGCGUUAAUUGGUGUAUAUUUUGCAUUUUUUGCAAAAAUUAAACAAAAUACAACAUCAGAAUAUCUCAUGGGAGGAAAAACCAUGGGUAUUUUUCCAAUUUCUAUGUCAUUAAUUGCAAGUUACAUUUCUGGAAUAAGUGUUCUUGGAAUUCCAGCCGAAAUGUAUAUCUAUGGAACACAAUUUUGGAUGGUUUUAUGUUCCAAAGGAGUUGUUUUUCUUGCGAUGGCCUUUGCUUAUUUGCCGGUUUUCUACAAGUUGCAAAUAACAUCAAGUUAUGAGUACUUAAAUCUUCGUUUUAAUUCCACUGUUCGGCUAUUAGGAACAAUACUAUUUUUGACAAAAAUGCUUCUUUAUAUUCCCAUUGUUAUUUACGUACCUGCAUUAGCCUUUAGUCAAGUUACAGGAAUUAAUUUACACUUGGUUACUCCUAUAGUGUGUAUCGUCUGCAUUUUUUAUACUACUUUGGGAGGUUUAAAGGCUGUUGUUUGGACAGAUACGAUUCAAACCAUUAUUUUGUUUGGAUCAAUGAUUGUGGUUAUAUGGAUGGGAACGAGCAGUGUAGGAGGAUUUCAAGAGGUUUGGAGUAGAAGUAUGAAAGGGGGAAGAAUAGAUUUUUUUAACAUGAACUUAGAUCCUACUAUCCGGCAUACAUUUUGGACAGUAACUAUUGGAAACUAUUUUAUGUGGCUGGCGUCAUGCUCUGUUAAUCAAGCAAUGGUUCAAAGAUGUCUAGCAAUGCCGUCGUUAAAGUCUGCCAGAAUAACUAUUGGAAUUUUGGUAAUCGGUAUUGCAUGCUUAGUUUCAAUGUGUUGUUACAUGGGCCUGGUUAUUUACGCAGCGUAUUAUAAAUGUGACCCAGUAACCAGAGGCUCAAUACAUAAAUCCGAUCAACUGUUGCCAUAUUUCGUGAUGGAGAUAGCAGCUUUUAUGCCUGGCUUACCCGGAUUAUUUGUUAGUGGAGUUUUUAGUGCUGCUCUCAGCUCAAUGUCCACUGGGUUGAAUUCUAUGACUGGUGUUAUUUUCGAAGAUUUAAUAAAACCCAGAAUUAAAAAACCACUGUCUGAAAGUAGAGCUAGUUUGCUAAUGAAAGUUAUAGUAGUAUGCAUUGGAGCUAUUUGCGUUGGGUUGGUAUUUUUGGUUGAAAAAAUGGGAGCUCUUAUCCAAGCCGCUGGUAGCCUGAGUGCUAUAACUGCCGGUCCUUUAUUAGGAAUAUUUACUCUAGGAAUGUUUUUCCCCAUUGCUAACUCAAAGGGAGCCCUUACCGGUGGACUUAUAAGCGGAGCCCUUGUAGCCUGGAUUUCAAUAGGAACUCAAAUGAAAAUGGCUAGUGGUGUGAUUAAAUUUCCACAAAAACCUGUGUCCGUUGAAGGUUGCAACGCUAACUGGGUAGCAGAAUACUUAAGCCUUACUUUGGUACCCGACGGUACAGCCAAACCUAUAGAACCAACUUUCUUUUUAUUCCAACUCUCCUAUAUGUACUACACUGCGGUAGGUACGAUUACAACGAUUGUAAUUGGGCUUAUUGUUAGCUAUUUAACAAAGUCCGAACAAGAUACUUUAGUACACAAAGACUUACUAUCACCGUUAGUGCAUGGAUUGUUAAGCGAAGAAAAUACAAGUCAACAAAGAAAUCCACGUAAUGAUGUAAUUUCUCUUAAUCAAAUAAAAAAUAAACAAUGA